AUGAGCAGCAAAAGCCUUUUAACCUCUGUUCAAAUCAGAAGGACAUCAUCUCUUCAUAAUGCUAACAUAAAACAUGUUCACCUCUCUCCUCAAAUUUUGGAUUACGAUUUAUUCACUCCAAGCAUUGCGCCAAAGGCCAAUUCCAAGAUGCCACCAAUGAUUUUUCUGCAUGGCUUAUUGGGAAACAGGAAAAACAACCGAUCCGCUGCUAAAUUACUAGCCGAACAAUUACAAACACAAUUUAUUGUGCCAGAUCUUAGAAACCACGGAACUUCUUUUCAUGCUAGGCCUAUGAAUAAUAAAGCAAUGAGUGAUGACAUUACAAAACUCAUUGAUAGCUUGCCAUCAACGAUUCCAAGACAUCGUGGAUUCGUUAUACUUGGCCACUCAAUGGGUGCUAAGGUUGCUAUGAUACAUGCAUUGAGGUUCCCCAAAUUGAUAAAAGGCGUUAUUUCAAUUGAUAAUGUUCCCUAUGAUAAUUCAGAAGAUUCUUAUGUUGAAUUUGAGAAGUUCCAUAUAGGAUUACGUACUUUGGAUUGGUGUGUAAAAGCACAUCCAGACUGGUCGCUUCCCGACAUGAAAGCCUAUUUGAUGAAAUGGGUUGAGCCUAGCGAAAAGAUUAUCAAUUUUUGGCUGACUAACGUGGUCAACAAAAAUGGACUUCUCGUUCCAAAAGUCCCAUUCAAUAUUUUGAAUGAAUCCAUCGAAGACAUCAUGCAAUGGAAGAUGCAAGAGUACGGAGACUUAGAAAGUUUGGCGGGGCAGAAAGUUGUGGCUCCAUUGUUGCUUAUUAGUGCCAAUUAUUCCAAAUUUGUGGGCAAGGAUGUUCAUACCCAUGCGAUUUCGAAGUACUUUCAAGACUUUAUAGUGAAGCCGGUCGAUUCUGGUCAUUGGGUUGUUACCGAACGCAAACAAGAAUUUACUAAGAUUGUCAUAGAAUGGGCACUCUCUAAAUUUGGCUCUUCAUAG